AUGGCUGACAGAUUUGAUGUAUCAUGUAGAAUUCCACCAAGCGAAAGCAAGUUAGCAAAGGAAGCACGAGAUAAGGCUUUGUUGGAGGCAUUCAUGGAGAAGACGAAAAAGUCUCGUGUGGCCAACAGACAGUUGCGUACAAAGGCUAAAAUUGAGUCACUGAAAUUACAAAAACAAUACAGAGAAUAUGUGAACUCAAUAAUAGAAGCUAGGAGGCAAGCAAAAGCUAAUGGUGGUUUAUAUCGUGAUGCAGAACCAAAAGUAGUAUUUGUUAUACGUUUAAAAGGUAUUAAUAAGCUCUGUCCAAAAGUGAGAAAAAUAUUGCAACUCUUUAGACUUCGUCAAAUUAACAAUGCCGUAUUUCUGCCAGUAAACAAAGCUACUAAGGAGAUGCUGAAGAUUGUUGAUCCCUUUGUGGCAUAUGGAUAUCCAUCUAUUUCAAUGAUACGCAAACUUAUUUACAAAAGAGGAUAUUUAAAGUUAGGGAGGCCAGGCAGCUUCCAGAGAAUCCGUAUUCAGGAUAAUUCUAUCUUCCAGGAGAAAUUGAGUAAGAAGGGAGUAUUUGGUAUUGAAGGGAUGGUCCGUGAAUUGUUUUUCUGUGGACCACAAUUUAAAACUGUGAACUCUUUGUUAUGGCCAUUUAAGCUAUCUUCUCCUAGAGGCGGAUUUGUACGUAAGUCUACACGCUUCACAGAAGCUAAUGGUGGUGAUUGUGGUAAUAGAGAACAUUUAAUCAACAAAUUGAUCGAUAGGAUGUGCUAG